CUCAUUGGCUAAGAGCUCCGAGAGGGCGUGGCAAUUAUUGUCGGAAGCUCUUUUCUCCCGCGGUUUCUUCUCUCUCCUGUUCUUCAGCUCUAGUUCUCCGCUAGGUGAGCAGCAGCCGAGGGACAGGCGCGCUCGCCUACCCGCUUCCCUCUUCAUUUCUCCCCGAGUGGUUGCACUCUACCCACGCUCAGAGGCUUCUUUCCGGGUCAUCCCCAGCCAAGCAGUCCUGAACUUGGCCAUGGCCAUGGUGGCCCUGGGCACCAACCUGAAUGAUGCUCACCGCCAGUUCCUGCAGGCCUUCCUAACUCUUGGCUUUGUGGAGAGGCCUGAAGCUGCGAAGCUACACCAGUUGUACUGCCAGCUGCACAAGGUCCAUUAUGUACCUGAUAAGCUGGAUGACUUCAUCAACACUUUGAAUGGUCAGCUGCAGCCUUUGUCUUUGGAGAUCAGGAAAGGAGUAUCAGAAGAAAAUGGGAGAACAUAUUAUGCUUUGGUGAAUCUGGCUGAAACUGAGAUCACCCUAAUGGCAAGCGACUACUCUGAAAAUGAGCUGGAAUUGUUCAAGAAGACAAUGGAUCUGAUUGUGCUGUCUAGCAACGGCUUUGCCUCCUCCACGGAGAUCCUGAACCUGGCUGACCAGCUGAAGCCAAAGAAGAUGAAGAAGGUGGAGGCUGAGCUAGUACUGCAGCGCCUGGUGCAGGAUAAGUGGCUCUCCGAGAAAGAGGGAGAGUACACUUUGCACCUGCGCUGCGUCCUGGAGCUGGAGCAGUACAUCCUCCGCCACUACCAGGACUCUGCCCGCAAGUGCCACGUCUGCCACAGCCUCUCCAUCCAGAGCCAAGUCUGUGAGGACUGUGGAAUCGCCAUGCACUUGCCUUGCCUUGCCAAAUAUUUCCAAGCCCAAAGGGAACCUCGUUGCCCUAACUGCAAGCAGUUCUGGCCACAUCAGAUUCCAGAGAUCAACCUACCAGGACCUUCUGGGCUCUCAAGCACUCCACAGGAGACCCGGCGGAGUGCUGCCUCCCCAAUGGCCCAGAGGCGGCAGUAAGACUUCUCCAGGCCCUUGUUGGAGAAGUACAGACAAGCAGCUGUUACUGGGGCCCAGCACAGCUGCUCUAUAUUUGCAUAAUUUAUUUUUCCCCCUCAGGAUCCAACCUGUCUCACAAUUCUCUUUCCUUUUUUACUAUUUAUGUAAAGCUUUUUUUAAAAUAAAAAAAUACAGGGUUUUUAUUUA